AGGGACCGAUCAAAGGGGUCAGCUCCGAGGCUUGGGAGAGACCGCGAGAGCUUCGCCCUCCUUAGGCUGAGGCAGUGGGCGUCCCGGAGGACGUGUAAUUUGAGCAAAGCUUCCAAGGUCACGCGGAGACGCCCAAAGGCCUUUGACGAAAGAACUACUUCGUGGUUUGAAGGUCAGGCGUCCUUCUCGAGCAUCGCUGCCCAACAAAGAAGGCGGGGAGGGGCGGGACCUGGGGCCGCGGCCGGGAGUCCACUCGGAAAUCUUCGGCCGAGGCUCGGCCACCCCUCCCCAACUCCGGCCUCAGCCUCGAGCCCAGGGCCGAUCCGGAAACAGCCGAGCGGAUCCGGAAACAGCCGAGAGGACCCGGAAGCGGUGAGCGCAGUCACCAGGGAGUGCGGGAACCCGCCGUUUGAGCGGAGGCGAUGGCGGCACCUGCGCCGGCGGCCGCGGGCGAGGAUGCCCGGCGGCGGCAGCCGGAGGCCGCGCUGGACCCCCAGACUCCGGAGGGGACAAAAGUUGAGGCCGAGUCAGGGGAGCUCGACCGGCUUCGGGCUGAGCUGGCAGGCGCCCUGGCAGAAAUGGAAACCAUGAAGGCUGUGGCCGAGGUGAGCGAGAGCACGAAGGCCGAGGCUGUGGCUGCAGUGCAGCGGCAAUGCCAAGAGGAGGUGGCCUCGCUGCAGGCCAUCCUGAAAGACUCCAUCAGCAGCUAUGAAGCCCAGAUCACGUCUCUGAAGCAGGAGCGGCAGCAGCAGCAGCAGGACUGUGAGGAGAAGGAGCGGGAGCUGGGGCGCCUGAAGGAGCUGCUGUCCAGGGCUCACCCCCUGGACUCCUUGGAGAAGCAGAUGGAAAAGGCCCACGAGGACUCGGAGAAGCUGCGGGAGAUCGUGUUGCCCAUGGAGCAGGAGAUUGAGGAGCUGAAGGCGAAAUUGCUGAGGGCAGAGGAGCUGAUCCAAGAGAUCCAGAGACGUCCCCGGCAUCCCCCUUCCCUGCACGGCUCCGCGGAGUUGCUCCUGUCCCGGGACCCAUCUCCGCCACUGGAGCAUCUCGAGGAGCUGAGUGGAGACGGGGGCGCGGCGGCCGAGGCCUUCGCCCACAACUGUGACGACAGCGCCUCCAUCUCCUCCUUCUCCCUCGGCGGUGGAGCCAGCGGCAGUGCCUCCCUGCCCCGCAGCCGCCAUGGCCUGAGCCCCGAGCAGGAGGAGACAGCCUCUCUGGUGUCCACGGGCACCCUGGUCCCUGAGGGCAUCUACCUGCCCCCUCCUGGUUACCAGCUCGUCCCAGACAACCAGUGGGAGCAGCUGCAGGUGGAGGGGCGGCAGCUGCAGAAGGACCUGGAGAGCAUCAGCCGGGAGCGGGAUGAGCUGCAAGAGGGCCUGAGACGGAGUAACGAGGACUGCGCUAAGCAGAUGCAGGUGCUCCUGGCCCAGGUCCAGAACUCAGAGCAGCUGCUGCGGACCUUGCAGGGGACCGUGAGCCACGCCCAGGAGCGGGUUCAGCUGCAGAUGGCAGAGCUGGCUACCUCGCACAAGUGCCUGAGCCACGAGGUAAAGCGACUGACUGAGGAAAACCAAGGGCUCCGGGCUGAGCAGCCGCCGUCUUCAGCCCCCCGGGGCCUGGAGCAGGAUGAGGGCCAGGAGGAGUCGCUGCCCGGCUCGCUGCUGGAGCUGCGGCAGCUGGUGCGCCGCACUCGGCAGGAGGCGCGGGCCCACCAGCAGGCCCAGGAGCACGAGGCCGAGCGGCUGCGGAUUGAGAUCGUGACCCUGCGGGAGGCGCUGGAGGAAGAGACGGCGGCAAGGGCCAGCCUGGAGGGGCAGCUGAGGGUGCAGCGGGAGGAGACAGAGGUGUUAGAGGCCUCCCUGUGCAGCCUGAGGAUGGAGAUGGAGCGGGUCCAGCAGGAGCAGAGCAAGGCCAGGCAGCAGGAAGUCCUGAGGCAGCCACUGGGCUCGGGCCGCACAGAAGAGCUCUACGUCCUGUGCCCCCAGGCGCAGCUCACAGACCUCCUCUCGGAACAGAGGGCAAAGGUGCUGCGGCUGCAGGCUGAGCUGGAGACCAGUGAGCAAGUGCAGAGGGAUUUCGUACGACUGUCCCAGGCCUUGCAGGUGCGCCUGGAACGGAUCCGCCAGGCAGAGAGUCUGGAGCAAGUGCGCAGCAUCAUGGACGAGGCGCCCCUCAGGGACGUCGGGGACAUCAAGGACACCUGAGGGGCCAGCACCGCCCACCCUGGGGGGAGACCGUCUUUCUCCACUCCUGAACCGUGAGGCCGAGGCUUUGGGGGUCUCAGGAUGGAGUCUUCACCCUCUCCAAGCCUGGGGUUGAGGUGACGGGGCCACCGCUGCCCUGUCCCUCCAGCGCCUCCUCCCAGGGGCGGCUGGGUCUUCUGCUUCCAAAGAUGACACCUGGGUGAGGGUCCCAACCCCCUCUGGAAACCAGAGGGGCAGGCUCAGCUCUGUGGCUUUCUGGCUGCCAUGCUGCCUCCUGGGCUCCAAGCCUCUCGCCCCCGCCCCCACCCAGCCUAACAGCCAUGCCUGUUACCUCCGUCCCCUUCCCCAGGCACAGCCGAGCUGUGAGUGGUGGCUGGGAGCCCUGGGUCGUGUCCCCGGGUCCCUCCACACACGCGCCCUGGGACAGGUGGCUGCUUCCUGGACUGCAUGACACUAAGAUGCUUGUCCCCAGGGGCCCGAACCAGGCCCCAAGGUGUGCACAGAGAGAAGGCCAGGUUUUUCUGUCAUUUAUUUUCAAUAAAUAAGCAGCUCAGCUCA